UUACAUCACAGCCUACCCUUCCACCUUCCCUCGCCACACUUCCUCUUUCCCCGCCUCCCGGCGACCCGGAAGUCAGACUUGCGGCGGGGCUUUCCUUCCCACAAGCCCUCGCGCCCGUCCUUUCCAGCUUGGGCCCGGCAGAAUGGCUCCCGCAAAGAAGGGUGGCGAGAAGAAGAAGGGCCGUUCUGCCAUCAACGAGGUGGUGACCCGAGAAUACACCAUCAACAUUCACAAGCGCAUCCAUGGAGUGGGCUUCAAGAAACGUGCCCCUAGGGCACUCAAAGAAAUCCGGAAAUUUGCCAUGAAGGAGAUGGGUACUCCAGAUGUGCGCAUUGAUACCAGGCUCAAUAAAGCCGUCUGGGCCAAAGGAAUAAGGAAUGUUCCAUACCGUAUCCGUGUACGUUUGUCCAGAAAACGUAAUGAGGAUGAGGACUCACCAAACAAACUCUACACACUGGUAACCUACGUACCUGUUACCACAUUCAAAAAUCUGCAGACAGUCAACGUGGAUGAGAACUAAGCCACAGAGUGUCAAAUAAAGUUGGAGAACUACCUUCAGGUUUUGGUUUUCCUUUUUGUUAUCUGUCCCACCGGUGGAGUCUUUGGUAUUGUUGGGAGUUAUUUAGAACCACUGCGCUGGGGACAUGGGAAACGAAUUAUGUGUGUGACGUGUUCUCUUCACAGAAAUCCAUGUAUUAGAGUUGUGGGUUUUGGUUUUUCAAGAUAGUUUUCUCUGUGUAGUUCUAGCUGUCCUGGAACUUGCUCUGUAGAACAGGCUGGCCUCAACCUCAGAUCUGUGUACCUCUACCUCUGAAGGGUUGGAAAUAAAGGCAGGUUCCACCA